AUUUCCCCGGGCCGGUGCGCCCCGAGCCGUGGCCCCGGGGCUGAGCCAGUACUACGCUCUUCCCAGCUGGUUUUCCGAAGCGGGCGGGGAAGGACAGGGAGGCCAGGACCCUCCUCCGCGUCUUUGAACUAGUCGUGAGCCCCUGGGACGCGGUGUCCGCCAGGGUCCCGCCGGGCCGCGCGCUCUCUGCGGCCCCAGCGACGGCAUCGGGCUCUGGGUGCCCUUGACCCCGGGGAGACUGAAGUGCCACCUCGCCCCGGGCAAGGCGAGGCGGUGCUAGGCUGAGCCCGCGACACCCGCCUCGGUCGCCCGCCUCUUAGGGCCCCUGCGUCCACGGGCUGCGAUGGCGGCGGCGGCGCUGAUGGACCCGGCGAAGGACUGUGUGACCUUUGAGGACGUGACCAUUUACUUCUCCCAGGAGGAGUGGGGACUCCUUGAUGAGGCUCAGAGACUCCUGUACUGCGAUGUGAUGCUGGAGAACUUUGCACUGAUAGCCUCACUGGGACUUACAUCUUUCAGGUCUCAUGUAGUUGCCCAGCUGGAGAUGGGGGCAGAGCCCUGGGUGCCUGACCGAGUGGACAUGACGUCAGCCAUGGCAAGAGGGGCAUAUAGAGGGCCUGGCUCAGAUUUUUGCCAUGGAACAGAGGGUGAGGAGUCACCUGCUGAGCUUAGUGUUUCUGUAGAAGUGUCACAGGACAUGAAUCCCAAGGUGGUUCCAUCCACCCAGAAAGGCUACCCCUGUGACCUGUGUGGCCUACACCUGAAAGACAUUGUGCACCCAGCUGAACACCAGGCAACACAUCCCUGGCAGAAACCACAUGUGUGUGAGGCAUACAGGAGAGAGUUCAAGUUCAAUGCCAACCUUCACCAACCACAGAUGCAGCAGAACGUGGACAAGCCUAUCGCAAGGAACGAAAGCAGCGCCUCGCUUGUGAAGAGCUGCAGAGAUGACACAUCAAAGAAACCUUUCACACUGAGGGAGAGUGGGAAGGCCUUUGUGUCCAGAUGUGGUUUUCUCCAGCACCAGGUCACUCCCCGUGUAGUGGAGCCACACCACAGCUCCGAAGGCGUGGUGGAUUUUCCCACUAUGCAAUGCCAUAAGAAGCGCAGUGAAUUUCAGAACACUCUCAGUGACAAAUCCUCACUUGUUCAGCAGAGGACCCACACUGGAGAAAGGCCUUAUGAGUGCAGCAAAUGUGGGAUAUUCUUCAGCUACGCCGCUGGCCUCUUUCAACACCAGAGAGAUCACAAUCGAGGAAAGCCUUAUGAGUGUGGUGAAUGUGGGACAUUCUUUAGCCAGCAGUCCAGUCUCAUCAAACAUCAGAGAGUUCACACUGGUGAAAGCCCUCAUGUGUGCAGCGAAUGCGGGAAAUUCUUUAGCCGAAGCUCCAAUCUUAUUCAACAUAAGAGGGUACACACUGGAGAAAAGCCUUAUGAGUGCAGUGAAUGUGGGAAAUUCUUUAGCCAACGUUCCAAUCUCAUUCAUCAUAAGAGGGUUCAUACAGGUAAAAGUGCUCAUGAGUGCAGCGAGUGUGGGAAAUCCUUCAACUGCAACUCCAGCCUUAUUAAACAUUGGAGAGUUCACACUGGAGAAAAACCUUAUAAGUGCAAUGAAUGUGGGAAAUUCUUUAGCCACUUUGAUGGACUUGUUCAACAUCAGAUAGUUCACACUGGUGAACGACCCUAUGGGUGCAGCGUUUGUGGGAAAGCCUUCAGCCGAAGCUCCGACCUCAUGAAACAUCAGCGAGUUCACACUGGUGAACGGCCUUAUGAGUGCAGUGAAUGUGGGAAACUGUUUAGCCAAAGCUCCAGCCUCAAUAGCCAUCGGAGACUUCACACUGGUGAACGGCCUUAUCAGUGCCCUGAAUGCGGGAAAUUCUUUAGCCAACGCUCCAGCUUCAAUAACCAUCGGAGACUUCACACUGGUGAGCGGCCUUAUGAGUGCCUUGAAUGUGGGAAAACCUUCAGACAAAGUUCUAAUCUGAGGCAGCACCAGAAAGUUCACAAACCAGAUAAGCCAUAUAAGUGCAAUGAAUGUGAAAAGGCUUUUAGCCAAAGGUCUACCCUCAUCCGGCAUCAGAAAAUUCACACCAGAAAAAGGAGUUCAGAGAAUGUGCACCCUCCUUCUUCUGCACGACAGCACCCACUAGAGAUUAACUCUGAGAGUGGUCUUUAUGAGGGAGCUGUCAGCCAGAAGUUGAACCUUGUUCAUCCAAAUAUCUAUGCUGGAGAGAUUCCCAAUGGAUGCUAGAUAUAUUGGAAGCUUUCUGGAGCAGGGUUGCAUUUUCUGACCACAAACUUUGCCAGAGUUUUUCUCACUGCUAAUGUCUGUGGUAGAAGUCGUCUCAGUUCUACCCACUGGCAGGUCUCCAGAGUGUGCAUCAGCCACUUUCCUGUGCUCACAAAAGACAGGCCUCUGUUUCCUCUUUCCAGGAGGGAAUCAUGAGUAGCCUGAGGCCAUGGGAAGAUGUCAUUCCCUCCCCCUGUGACUGGUUUAGCUGUGGACAUGACCCAUCUUUGGCCAUGAAGACCUGAGCUGGGUUCUACUGGCAGCUUGCAGAGGUUUCCCUUUUUCAAGGACAUUUGUUUAUCUUGUAUGAUGCUCAUGAUGGAUUCAUCCAGCUUCCACCUUACCCAUCUUAACAACUAUUUACUUUACAUUGCUCUGGUUUGGGUGAUAAGAGCCUUAUUGAUAAAGCCACCUUUAAUCUUCCGUGUUCUGAUAACUGUGGAUUGGGUUGAGAACAGAAUUAAGGUCUACCAAACCAAAGGGGUCUCCAAAUUUAUUGCCUCAGGGAAGAGCAGGAUGGCAGAGCGCAGUUUUCAGUCCAGAUUUGGCCUCGUUUGUGUUGCUACCCAAGGCAUCCUAGGGAAGCUUGUAGGGCUUUGUGGGCCUAAUGUUGUGGUCUGAAUGGCAUGAAUUUUUGUGAAUCAGCGAUUACUCUGAGGAAGGGGAGGUUGUGCAACCUCCAGUGCAUCUGGAAGCAGCCUGAGUUGGGCCCCUUGUUUACUGGGGAUGCCUCCUAUUCCUUAGCACUGUUGAGUAGACACUGUUUACCUGGCCCCUGCCAAAGAGUUAUAUGCCCUUGAUGUCUAAUGUUCCAGUAUAUGUCACCUACUGUAAGACUUACUGGGUCCAGUUGGCAAACAAGAGGGAAUGUACCUGUUCUAAAAGUGCAUCCACAAAUGUUCCCUUAAAUGUGACUGCAGGAUUCAGGAUUUGCAGAAGUUCUCAGGACCUCCAGACCUCUGUCCUUAUGACUAAGGUCACCGGCAGAGCAAAUUAUCUAAAGGUUUUGUGGAAUACUGCAGGCUCUCUGCAUUAUUCAUGUCAAAGCCAUUGCUGGGUUGGCAGGAAAAUGGGGACUAAGAGAAGGUAGAUCCUGUACGCCAGGGAUGAGGCAUUUGUGACAUAGCCAGCCAUCUCUGCUGCCAACACAUGAGGAGAGAGGUAGUAGAAUCAAUAUGGGGUUGCCAAAUCUUCUAGUUUUCCAAAAUGAGUAGGAGAUCAGAUUUUUAUGUGCAACAAUUUCUUUUAAUGCUUUGUUGAGAUAUAAUUUUCAUGGAAUAAUUGGCUGUAUGUAUUUAAUGCGUACACUUUGAUAAGUUUUAAAAUAUGUAUACACUCAGGGAACCAACACCACAAUUAUGAUAAUGAACUUAUCUAUCACCCACAAAGCUACCUCAUGCCCCUUUACUAUCCCUCCUUGCCUUCCCCAGGGAACCAUUACCUACAUCCCAAGGAAACCAUUGAUUUACCUUUUUUUUCCACUAUAGAUCUGUUUGCCUUUCCUAGAAUUUUAUACAAUUGGAAUCAUAAAGUAUUUGUACUCUA